AAGAAGAUAAUGUGCUCUUAUAGUCGGACGUAACCGGCCGACCGGCCGAUUAACAUCGGGGCAUGAUAGCGCUAGAUCAAGGGCUCAUUACCUCUCACCUUCUACAGCUUGAGCUGCCGGGGGUUGAUUGACCGGUUUUAUGAUGAUUUAUAAGCUGCUUGUUGUUAGCAAAUGCGCAACUCCUCAUUGGGCAGACCUAUGAAGGUAGACAAUGUCGGAGCUGAAUUUCAGUAACGAUGACGCUUCCGACGAUCGCGAUCCUGGACGAUUACCAGGAGUUUUCAAAGGCCCCCUUCGAACGGCUACGAUCUUCCGGAUACCAGGUAACGACGUUUAAGGAUACGCUUCUACCGUAUAACCACCCCGAUACACCUCAGGAUGCCAAGGAUGCUCUUGUCAACCGCCUGGAGCCGUUCAACAUCAUCUGCUCGAUGAGGGAAAGAACACCAUUCCCAGCAGAAUUGACCAAUCGGCUUCCCAACCUGAAGCUACUCCUAACAACCGGGCCGCGAAAUGCAGCAAUUGAUGUUCAAGCUCUUCAAGCUCGCGGCAUACCAGUUGCCGGCUCGAGCGGCUCGGGUGGCGGCAGGGGUACACCAUCCGGCCCUGACAGCACCACGCAGCACACGGUGGCCUUGAUCCUGGCUCUCGCGCGCAACAUCCCACAAGACGAUGCCACGGUGAAAUCCGGAGGGUGGCAGACCAAAGACGCUAUUGGAUUAGCAGGCAAAAUAUUCGGCACUGUCGGUCUAGGCAGACUCGGGGCCACAACGUCUAGGAUCAUGCACCUGGCGUUCGGCAUGCGAGUAAUCGCGUGGAGCACCAACCUGACUCAAGACGCGGCGGACGAGAAAGCCAAGGCGAUGGGGCUGCCGAUCGAGGAUGAGACGGGCGCUAAGACCUUCAAGGUCGUCGCUCGGGACGAGCUUUUCAGCACGGCGGAUGUGGUUAGCAUUCACCUUGUGCUCUCGGAGCGGUCGAGAGGUCUCGUGGGCAUGGGUGAUCUGGGGAAGAUGAAGAAGUCGGCACUACUGGUUAACACGUCCCGAGGACCUAUUGCGAAUGAAGCGGAACUGCUCGAAGCUGGGAAAAGGGGGCUGAUCAGGGGUAUUGGGCUGGAUGUGUAUGGCCUUGAACCUCUGCCGCAGGAUAGCGAAUGGCGGUCCACAAAAUGGGGAGAAGAGGGGAGGAGUAGUGUGGUGUUGACGCCUCAUAUGGGAUAUGUUGAGGCUGAGCCUAUUACGGCGUGGUAUGGGGAACAGGUUGAGAAUAUUCUGCGAUGGCAGAAAGGAGAGGCGCUGACGACGCUGUUCAAAGAUAAUGGAUACUGAGGGAGAGAUCACAUCUAGGUCGACUCUGUUUGAGCCCGUGGGGCAACUAUCUACCUUGGUGGUGUGGUGGAUAUGUCUGCCUUGCAAGAGUAAUUCAUUGACUGGAGGAUCAUAUGCAACUCCUAGGUAUGUGUGAGGCAAAGGUUUAGGCACAUGAAAGGGUAGUACAAUGAUUUGAAUUAACUACCUACAUUCACUCGAGGUAUUUUCUCCUUUAUAUCUUGCUAUUCUUUAGUAAUUUGAAGGGAGUGAGACUUCCCAGCCUUUCUCUGCUUGUCUAAGCUAUGCAUGGGUAUGUGAUUGCAUAUAGACACCUUAGGAAGUAUGCACCUCUAAGUCAAUUAUCUACAUCAUGAACAAAGGACUCAACAUUAUCUGCCACGUAGACAAGGCGUGAGUGCGAACGCGUGAGAACGCGUUAGAACGUUAUUUGCCCAGAGUCUUUGAUUCCCUACCAAGUUUGCUCAAAAGGUGCCAAACAUAUAACUUGAAG